AUGUCGUGGCAAUCUUCCGUUAAUAGUGGUGUAGGCGAAGACUUGGAUGCCUUUCUUGAAAGUCUAAUAGACUUUGAUACAAGCUAUAUUGAGUCCCCGGAGCCUUUUAACAGUGGAGGAGAUAGGCAACCUAGCCAUGGUACAGAGGAUAACGUUGAUAACAACGAUCCCAAAGUUCUGACCAUUAUGGCCAGCAUAAGUUCCAUUCUUCGCCAUCUAGAAACCGAACGCAGGAAGGGGAACGCCCGGCCGAGCGUGGCGAUCAAGCUAAAAGAUUUGAACGAGCAGAAAAGCAUAACACUAUCGGUCCCGGUGUUGCAUAGCCCGACCACCACGGCUGUGUCUAGCAUUGGCAGUCUGUCCCGCACACCAUCACGAUCUGCCUCACCGGAAGCUUUUCUGCCGGAAGAAGGCCACACAGCUCGUACCAACACCGUGCCUCUAUUGCCGGAAGAAGCUACCCCUCCAACAGUAGACUCUACGCUAUACACCAUGACAAGCCCUUCGGCUGUACCUGACGGGUGUUUGUUGUCAUUGUCCGAAGAUGUAUUACCGAGCACACUUCCUGUCCUAGAGGCAGCUAAUCCGGAGCAAGCAAUUGAAUCUCCACCGGGAUUGGUUACUCCCGAAGCAACUACAGCAGACUUAUCCGCGUUAUCAGGUGAGAACACAGAAUCUGUCAUUGCGCAGCAUAGGAGAAGAACUACUUUGACACAUACGGCUGCAGUACCCGGAGAAAGAGCCCAAGACAUGUUAUCGUGCACAACUGCAUUGGCGCCAAUUCACUAUCAACAAGCUUGUGAACUUUCUCAAACUUCUCAGGCUUCCACUGCUGCUUCGUCUAAAAAAAUGGGCAAUGAGGCUUCUGACAAGCCCAAGCAGGAAAGGAGCAAAGGUUGGAAGAGAAUCUCCCUUGAAAGCGAAUCUAGGGGUAUUAUUAAACGACCUCGGCUUGAGACACUAGACCUUGCGACGUUGCUCCACAAUACCGACAAGUUUGAGAGGGUCAAAGAAUUGACCGCCGACCAGGACCCGUCACUCGUGUAUAAGAUGGUGCGAAAUGCAAGGGCAAUUCUCACGGAACCGGCCAUAGAGGGCCUGUCACCCUCGGCACCAAUAAACAUUAAUGCCGUGAUUCCAUAUAAUAAUAGUCGAUAUUCCCCUUCCCUGCAAGAAGAUAUCAUGCAGCAAUUUUGCGACACCGUCCGACAGAUAGAAUGGGUAGAGACACUAACCUUUCGAUCCAUGGUUGAAUAUAGAAUUCUCUUCGUCCAACUAUACCAACAAUAUCUAUCACUUCAAAAAAUGGUAGAUACGAAAAAGGGAGAGAGAAGGAUAACAGUCGCUAAAGAACGGCUCUAUACAAUGCUGUAUCCUAAUAUAGCAAAAAGGACGAGAAACGGGUGUUUGAGUGACGAAUGGGAGAAGUUCAAUCGAUGUAUCCGAAGGGGGAAGCAGUGGUAUACUAUCGCUUCUGAGCUAGGCAUAGGUAUCCUACAUAGGAUGCCCUCUAGCAUUCGCCACACAUGGGUAGAACAGAAGCUUCAAACAAAGACGCAGCUUUAUCUAUGGAUUAAGAUAGUCAAACUUCUUACAUAG